UUGGAGUUUGGAGUUGGAAGCCAUCUUACCAACUGAAGUACAAGUUGAUGUAUAGUUUAAACUGCUAUUUUUGAGAAAGAUUUUCGGAAUAUUUAUACAUAAUAUUGUGACUAACUUUCGUUUAAUAAUAAUAUUUUACUGGAUAUGAACAUUUUUAACACCCAGAUGUACUAAAAAUCUUCAAAGAGGAUCAGCAGCUCGUACUGGUUACAUUUGAUUGAUCAACAUUGACUAUGGUAUCUACCAGGCUACAAAGCACUACAGGAGGUGAUAAUGAAGGCUCAUCUCGCGGAGUUAGACACGGCAAUGGACCUCAUGUGUCUCACGAGCUAACACCCUACUCUGCUCAUCCCUCCAGCCCCCAUCCAUCGCAACAAUAUGUAUCUAAUACUCAUUUCUUGGAUCUUCCCAGUGACUGUAUGGAGAAGAUCUUUGGCUACCUGGGCUAUAAGCAGGUGUCUCAGUUGAGAUUGGUGUGUAAACAGAUGGACCGCGUCUGUAGUGCGAUCUUGAACUCGACUUUCCAGAAACUGCAAACACAAAUGUUACACCGCUUCCAAGAUAUCAAGUCCAAGAUGCCAAGACGGGAAAGUGCACGACGCAACCACCCCCUGGCGUGCGAGAGUGACAUUAUAGAGACGCUCCACAUGCGGCUCACUUUACUGCAGAUGUCCUUCGGGAAGCAUAUCGAGCGAAAACAUGUUUGCUUUUUCGCUGGCGAGAUACUAGAUGAAGUUAAUCGUAUCUUGCAUUACAUCAAGGUAACCCCCAAGUUGGCUCGCCCUUAUAAAGUAACGGACGAGCUUUUCGACUUGUCCACGAUGGCAAUGGAAUACUUCAAGGAGCGUAUUGAGCCAACGCUCCCAGAAAUUGCAUACUUUGGUACUGAUUUUCUGGAUUUCAGCUCUACGAGCAACAAGUAUAUGAGUUUAGACUCACCACCACAUGGAAUCGGAAAAGGCGAUGAAUCACCAACAACCACGCAAUCUGAUGAUCGUGGAGCACCACAACAAAGCAACAUGGUAUUGCGCAAACGUAUUCGCAAGAUCAAACAAGGCAUGAAAAGAUAUAACUAUCAACUUAGCCAGAUGAGGAAAGAGUUGAGAUGCUGUCGUGGGAAGGUUACCGACCACCAGAAACAGAUCUUGGAGUAUGCGACUCGAUUGGACGAGUACGACAAGAAAACUGAAGAAACCAAUAGAAAGUUCAGCACUAUGCUACAAGAGCUCAACAAGUGCAAGACUGAGCUCCAGUAUUGGAGGUCCAAGUCACCUCUGUCCACCACAUGUGGGGCGUGCGGCACAGUCAGCAUGCCUGAGCAGACUGAGAUGGUGAUGCUCCCAGAGUUGGAGCCGUUCCCCGGCCCGAGCACCUCAUCAGCUGACGUGUGGACUCUGGCCGGCCAAUCACCGGAGCAGAGAAAUAAGCGGAAACUAUCAGCUGAGAAAACCACUCCCGGCGGUCCUCCCUCUAAGAAGAGGAACGUUUUAAAAUCUCGAAACAAACGUAACUAAGCUUUAUUUACAGAACAUACCCCGAACUCCCAUGAGGUAUUAUUUUUAUUUAACGACAGAAAGUAUUGAGUUUUGAGAGGAUUGUGCAAUGGCUUAAAGCCAAUAGGAUGAACUUUGUACAUAAGAUGUAGUCACUAAUUUGUUUAUUUGGUUGCAUUGAUGUUAAACCGAUGUUAAUGCCAGAAAGUGAAUUUGUCGCUCUAUAACAUUUGCCAUAAUACUUGUCGGUUGGUCAGGUUUUCAAUCCAAACUUCUCUGGUUACUUAACCUGUAUACUGUUCUCGAUGAUGAUGAAAUUACCAAAAUCACAUAAUUCAAAAGAUUCUUCAGUUACAAAUAAUUUAAUCAUAAUUCCCUGUCAUAAGUUUCUUCCAACCGUGGCUAUAUUUAUCUAAGUAAAUAUCCUUUUUGGAACUGAAUUCUGUUUUAGCUGAAUAUUUUAUCAGUAAAAUUGCCUUAGAGUCUUGAUCAACUAAGUUAAUGCGGACUGAAGCUACCUUCAAUGACCAAAUCCUUGGUUAACACUGCUACAAACCCCAAAACAUAAUAUUGAAACAGCUGUGCUAUUAAUAGAUUUGUUCAAAACAUACAUUAUUAAUUGUGCAUGGUGUAAUAGCAUAAUUAAUUAAUUUACAUGAAAAAGUGUGAAUAGGAAGUGAAGUACAUGAGGUACAACUUCCAUUAAAAUUACAAAUGUUUAAAAAAGUCCUUACAGUUUCCUGCUUGAUCAUGCUGCCUUGUUUCUUUGCCACCAAACUGUGCAGACAACAUAAUAUAGUUAUGUCAGCUGGUAUUGUGUCUUGUAGAGCAGUGCCUUCUCAAUAGCACUCUAUCUGUCAGUGAGACUGAUUUUAGUUUCCAGUCUUAACACUAUUAGCUGAGAUUGAGUUGAAUUGACUUGCUAAACCUUAAUGCCGUUGGUCAAAAGCAUGUCACUUGACUUACUCAACUUGUAUAGAUGAUAUAUGGUUGCCGCAGCUACAAAUUGAGUCUCACUCGACCCUUGUCUCGAGUUGGCAGCAGUCUCAUCACUAGUUUCAAAAAGUAUUCUUCUGUAUCUUAAGUUAUAACAAAUAUAUUUAUACAUCCAGUUCAUGCUCAGUUAAUCAAGGCUCUAUAUUGUACGGAUUUAUGUUUAAAAUGAUCCGGUCGUCAAGCACCAUGUUAACUCUAACCCAUAGUCAGCAUGUGUUUAUUUUGUAUACAAAUUCUGUUAAUUGGAUCUGCCUGAGAACAUUUUAAGUGACAAUAAUCAAGUUGCCACAAACAACAGAUUGUGAAAUAAUUUUGAAUUAGUUAUCUUAUUGUUACAAACUUUUGAUGAUGUCUUAAGAGACAAAGUGAAAGGUUUAUUAAAAUUUAAUGGUAUUCGAUUAAGUAUUAUUUCAGUUCGUAUACACAUAUUAUUAUAUAACUUACACAUAUUAUUUAUGACAGUCUAUUUUUUGUUUUGCUUAACAUAAUAGGCUAUAUUUGCAUGUAUUACUCAAGAUAUGUUUACUGAAUAUUGAUCUGGCUUUAAUGGAGUACAUUCUUCCUAGGUAAAUAAAUGUUAAUGGUCGGACAACUUGCUAAAACCAGAACAAAGUAUUGGGAUGAAGGUCCUUUAUUUAUAAAAUUGAUGUUUCUCAACUUAGCCAGUUGGUUUUGUUAUCUUUUUCAAAUGUUAAAAUCCCAAUAGAGGAGCAAUAUUGAUUUUUCCUGGUAAUAAGUUUGAAUUGACCAUGUUAAAUGUGUUACUCUAGUUGGUUCUCUGUAAACAUCACUGUUGACAACACUAUGUCUUUGGUAGGAAAAUGUAAUCCUAACAUACUGUAUGUGUAAAUUGUGGGGAAGCCUGAAUUGUAUUUAGUAUUAGAUGUUGUACAUAAUAUAUCUAUAUUUUAAUGUCUGGUAUACUAGCUGCUGAAAUUGGUGUGUUAAUUCAAAAAUAAAUUUAAGCUCAGUGAAAAAUAGAGUUAAAUGGAUCUGCGCUUUUUGCUGUAAAAAUAACAAAACGCUAGUUUAGAUACUAUGUGCUUGAGCUUAGCUUUUGCCUAUGUAUAUACAUCUAAAAGGGAACAGUCACUCUUCGAUUUUACUAAUUUACCUUCAAUUUUUAUAUGUUAAUAAAAGUUCAUGAUAUUUUUCCGUUCAGAGAGUGUUUUCAAGGGUCAACUUCCAUUUGAGAUUGUUAAAGUGGAUAUUAAUAAUUAUCAAAACACUCAAUUUAACAUAAUUAUUUAAUGCGGUUGUAAAAAUACAUAUUUAUAUUUCAUGUAGAAAGAGAACUAUAUUUAAGGUAUUAAAGGAGAUUUAAGUAAGUCUUAGAGCAUUCAAGUGAAUUAGAAACAUCUGAUACAUAAUGGAAUAUUGCAACAGAUACAUAAUGGUUUAUUGUGACUGAUACAUAAUGGUUUAUUGCAACAGACACAUAAUGGUUUAUUGUGACUGAUACAUAAUGGUUUAUUGCAACAGAUACAUAAUGGUUUAUUGUGACUGAUACAUAAUGGUUUUAUUGCAACAUAUACAUGUUUUAUUUUAUUGCAACAGAUGCAUAAUGGCUUAUUGCAACGUUAAGCACGUAUAUUUGGAAAUAAUACUCCUAGGUUGUUUUAUUAUGUAGAGAGUUUUUUUUUAGUUAAUGAUCUCCAUAAGUUUUGAGUUAGGGUGCUAAUCACACCUCAUAUUUUCAGCUUUGUUGCUAGUUUAUUCUGUUUCUUCUCUUUAAUAUGUCUGGCUGCUGCUCUAAAAGCCGUUGUCCACUCGUUCAAUCAACCUGGUACAGUAGAACCCUUAUCCGGCCACCACGGGAAUAAACCAACCACCUAUUAUAAAAACAAUAAAUUUUAUCCUAAUAAUAACGUGUAGUAAUUCGGGAGAUUAGUUUCCUUACAGUUGUUUCAUUUUCAAGACCUUGAACGUUCAACACUUGUCGUCAUCAACACACAUAAAUAUAACAUUCAGUACACACAAAGAACACGGAUACAUCGGUUUAAAAUAAAAAAAUAAGCGGCCGGCCAUAACACGCAUGACGACAGACACGACGCAACUCUCAUUCACUCAAGAGUUGUCCAUCGUGAGUGUUAUGGAUGGCCGCACAUAAUUUUAUGUUAAAUCAUUGUAUCCGUAUUCUUUGUGUGUCUAUGUUAAAUUUUAGUGUUUGUACAACCAAUGAAACACUUUUUUAAAGAAAAGUAUUAACGUAAAAGAAUUAUGAAUUCGGAUAACAUUAACUAUUAUUAAAUAAAGAUGGAGGUAAAAGAUACUCGGAAUUAUUAGGCGUUAAAUGGUACGUAACUUCCUGCCAAACUUUCUUGUCUCUAUUGCGAAACAAAAAAAAAAAAAAUAUUGAGGUGAAGCCUACCAGCUCAACUGAGUAGUGAACUCAAAUGUAACAAACAGACAAGUCGUCUGGGUAUCUGAGUGGUUAUGCUCCGUCGUAACAACCAACAAGUUUUGGACUGUCCCCUUUCAAAACGUAAAAUGCCUUUGGCACUGAAAGCACAAAUAAAUUAUUGCGAGACCCAACUGCAUCAUUCUGUAACCUAUGGGAAAUACUGACUUCCUAGAAGUGGCCGGAUAUCAGGAGUUCUACUAUACCACUGGAUUGAUUGUAUUGAUUGUUUGACUCGAUUGUACGCUCAAAUGAGUGUUCUAGGUUAAUCAGACAUAUAGGACAUGCAUUGUUUUUUAAGUAUAUAUUUAUUUGUACCAAGUUAUACUCACAAAAGAUUUAAUAUGUGGAUUUGAAAACGGUUUUUUUUAAGAAAUUUAAAAAAUCCAUUCACUAAAUUGUGCUGCCAAAAAAUAAUUUUGGAAUCAUUUAGUGCGAUAAUGAAUGUCUUGCUUCUCCCCUAGUUUGCCACAAGGUAAAACAAAACCGAGUUUUUACUCAACCAGUUCUAUGUCUCAAUCUCCUUUCCAACCACAUACAUUCAUUGAAAUAUACAUUAUUUGUAUUGCCUUUUAAAGAGCAUUGAAUAUUGUAUUGAAUAAAGUUUUGGAAAGUGAAAAGAAUACAUCUAAUAACACUUUGAAACAUAUAUCAUGUUAACUCACAAGAUGGUAAAUACAUUUAACAGAUGGUAAGUGGUGAUUGAAAUUGAUAUCACUGCUUUACCAUCUUUAAGUGUAAACAUAUGUUUCAAAAGUUAUCAUACAUAUUUUUUUCAGUUUCCAUCAAUUUAAUAACAUGUUCAAAUACUUCAAGAGAAGAAAUUAUUGAAGUCGCAUAAAUGAUUAUCCAAUGGGGUAUCAAAAAGCUAAAAUUAUUGUGGAUAUAGUAAAAUAUUUUUAUACCACAGUUUUCAUUCUUAUGUGUAUAUUAUAGAAUGCAUAUGCGUAUAUAUAUUUAAUUAUGUAAUUAAGUUCACAUGCUUAAAGGAUCUUUAUUUUGCAGAAUCGUUUACAAUGUUUAAUUUUCCUUAUGCGUUUUUUUUUUAGUUAAGUGGCUACUGUACAUCUGUUUAAGGUGUUUAAAUGUUUUUUGUCACAGUGUGUUAUUAAUCAAUCUUGUGUUGUAAUCAAGUCAAUGUGCAGUAAAUAACUUACUAGCUAAAAACUUCCUGCAGAUUUCACCAUAAGUACUGUUUUCAGUAAAUCAGCAUAUACUGAACUCACUAGACAAUCUUACAUUUUAUAACAAAUAUUAGUUUACACAAUGAUUUCCAAAUAAAAGUUAUUCCAAUCUAAA